UUUAUAUAUAUAUAUAUAUAUUGGCUAGAACUCAGUAGUACGGUAUGAUGAGGAUGAUGAUACCUGCAAACCACACGAUUCAUGGUGGGGGCGAAGGGGGAUUAGCAUGGUUGAUUGGGUUUCUGAAAGGUAUGGGGAAGCCGGCGGCCGCUGCUGCGGUGGUGCUUUUGGCCGUCAUUUUGUCCUUCUUGCAGAAACUGGGUUUGGAGGGAGAGAUGCUUUAUGCUAUGUUCAGGGCCUUCCUUCAGCUCUCUGUUAUUGGCUUUGUCUUGCAGUUCAUCUUCAGUCAUCACAACGUCGGAUGGAUCCUUCUCGCUUACCUUUUUAUGGUGAUAGUUGCUGGUUACACGGCGGGUCAACGAGCCAGACAAAUCCCUCGUGGUAAAUAUGUGGCCGGGGCUUCCAUUCUCACAGGAACCUCAAUCACUAUGCUGCUGCUAGUGUUGCUGAGCGUGUUCCCUUUCACUCCCAGAUACAUCAUCCCCGUCGCCGGCAUGAUGGUCGGAAAUUCAAUGACUGUCACCGGAGUUACCAUGAAAAGACUCCGAGACGACGUCCAAGGGCAGAUGAACCUGGUUGAGACGGCUUUGGCUCUUGGUGCGACCCCACGACAAGCUACGCAUCAGCAGGUGAAAAGGUCUCUGGUAAUUGCACUUUCGCCUGUAGUGGACAACGCCAAAACUGUAGGUCUAAUAUCGCUUCCUGGGGCAAUGACUGGUAUGAUUAUGGGAGGGGCAUCACCAUUAGAGGCCAUUCAACUUCAGAUUGUGGUCAUGAAUAUGCUCAUAGGUGCAUCGACUAUUAGCAGUAUAAUGUCUACCUACCUCUGUUGGCCUGCAUUCUUCACCAAGGCGUACCAGUUAGACACCAAGGUCUUCUCACAGUGACUCCACCUAAACUCACUUGAAAAUUGAACCAUGCAUGUUGCUGCAUCCCUCAUCCCCGUAAAAAACAAAGGUCAAGAAUUAGCGAUGAAGAGGAUUCAUUAGAACCCUGUUUGUAGAUGAAUGAGAAUUCUGAUUUUGAUUAUUUUGUUGCUCUGCUUUUGCCCUGC